AUGGGAAUUUCUCAAUUUUAUAAAACACUCACUGCUCUGUUCGGAGAGUCCUAUGUUACCGUCAAGGACCGAUUGAAAAAUAAUCGGAAAGACUCAAGAUACAUUCCUCCUCACGAUACUUAUGAUAAUAUCUAUUUUGAUUUCAAUACAUUACUCUAUAAAGCAACACGAGGCUCAAAGAAAUUAUUGAAGUUAAAACAAAAGCAUGGACUGUUGAAGAGCAAAGACACUAAGACCAUACAAUUUGAAGAUGAAGAGGGAAAUUUUGAACAAAUUAUAAUUGAGGAAGAAGAAUUAGUUUCGAAUGAACAAGAAACGGAAAUACCAACCGAGACUAAAAUAGUAUUUAAUACUGUAGUUUUGGAUCAAGUAAUGAGAGUUUUAAAUCAUUUUCACAUGCGAGAAUCCAUAUUUAUGGCAGUUGACGGACCUGCACCUAGAAGCAAAUUAAUUACCCAAAAAUUGAGACGAUAUCAAAAAUCACCAUCCAACAAUGCCGGAAAUACUUUUGUUUCUUUUUUGAACAUUUCAGAAUAUGAUGGAACUACUCCACUUACGCCAAUGCAAAAAACUUAUCUGCAUUUAAUACAGAAAAAUAUUAUUCACGAGAGAAAAGAAAAAACGGCGAUUAGUUCCGACUGGUUCUCCCCUGGAACUAUGUUUAUGGAAGAAACAUAUCUAUUGCUAGGUCAUUUAGGCGCUAAGGUACUGAUAUCAGGAAUAUUCAAAACACCACAUUCGAAUGGUCUUACAUUCUACAUAUCGCCUGCUGAAAGAGAAGGAGAAGGAGAAUUCAAAAUUAUUGAACAUAUAUAUGCUACAGACACAAAAGAAAAACAUCCAAAAAGAGAUUUGAUUAUCUCUGGAGAUUCAGAUUUUGUGCUGUAUGCCCUUAAUUUACCACCUCACAGACACGUGACACUCUUGAAAGACAUGCCAAAUACUUAUCAUUUAUUUGACAUUACCAAGCUAAAGAAAAUUAUUGCCCAGCAAUGCAACAUUACUUCAGAUCAAGAUUUGUCAAGGGUUAUUAGAGAUAUUACAUUCUUGUCCAUGAUUAGCGGAAACGAUUAUAUUUCAAGACUUAAAUACUACGAUCCCAGGCAAUACUUGGAAGCAUACAUUCAUAUUCAAAGGAAAUACAACGAUGGAGAACAUCAGUUUCUUAUUGAAUUUGAUGUGGAAAACCCACACCUUAUGAAAAUCAACAUCCCUUUUCUUCUGAAGCUACAUUCCGGCAUUGACAAUUCAAGAUCACCCAAGAAUAAGAAAGAAGGAGUUGACAUGAUGUAUGAAAACGAAAACAUCAUUAAUAAUAUUCCCCUCAAGCAAGUACUACCGUUUUUACUGACUAAACUCUUAAACGUGGGAGAAGUCAUUGAAGAUUAUGAAUUCGUAGGUGAACAAUGGAAAUUAACACUCAGAGUUGGAGAAUCAUUUAUAGUGGAUAGCGAAGGCUCAUCUAAACAUGAAGCAUUGAAGAAUGCAUGUCAGAAAAUUUUCUUUGCGUACGAGUACGGAGAAUUAUAUGAGGAAGCCAAAGCCAGAGUCUCUCACUUUGACAGCAAAGAAAAAUUUAACCAAUUUCUUUCCUUCUUCUUUGCAGAGCAAGUAGAGAAACAUGUCUCAACCAUAAACAAAUUGAAACAACGAGAGUGUGAAGAUGGGUCAACCUUUGUGAUGGACUAUCUCGUCAUGUGUACAUGGUUUAUGAGUUAUGUUCACGGAAAGUGUCUUGGAUAUAAUCAGUAUUACAAGUCGGCACAAAUACCCUACAUGAAUGACUUGAUCAUUCUAGCAAGAAAUGAACUCCAAAAAGGAAACACAUGCAUCACUGUCACUGUGCCCAAAACAGAUGAUUUCAUUUUGACACCUUUAGAGUGCUGUGUGUCUUCCUGUGUGUCGUACAAAAACAAACAUAUUGUACCAAUUGAGGAAGUAAGAGAUAUUCUUGAAAACUCUCCUAUACGAUAUUUAUUUGACGUGAAGGAAGAUUUUUUCCAUGUUCUUGGAGAUUGGACAAAGGAGGACACAUUAAGAAAGAUUCGACAAGUCAUCAAUGACAAAUUACAACAAGUUCCAAAUAGACAUGAUUAUUCUCACCUUCUUCAACCUCAACCUACGAUCAAAAUGACCUUCGACCCAAACCAUAUUCAUCACCAUUUGUUAACCAUGCCAGCAUCCUCUCUGCUACCAUCCAGUUGUCAAUACAAUGCAAAUGACCACAUGAAUCGUUUGAAGAAUAUUCGAGUACAACAGGAAUUUGUGAAACCUCAUCAAUCCUACAAGGACAGUAAUGUCUUCCAGGACAUUUUGAUGAAAAGAAGCAAUAGAAUCAAAUGGCAAGAACAAAGUGUUAGAAAGUUUCACACGCUUCUGAAACGAUUGCUCAAGUGA